AUGCAGCGGCUCCUGGUCCUGGCAGGGAUGGUAGCCACACUCACCCUCGCUCAGCCCUCAGAGGUCACUAUUCCAGUAUCCCCCAGGUCAGUGGAGACUUCAGUCCUUCAGGAUUGCAUAGCAGAGGCCAAGGUGCUGGUGGAUACUGCCUACAAUCGGACCCAAAGGAGCAUGAAGCAGCGCCUCCGAAGUGGCUCUGCCAGCCCCACAGACCUCCUGGCUUACUUCAAGCAGCCCACAGCAACCACCAGGAGUGUUGUUCAGGCGGCUGACUACAUGCAUGUGGCCUUGGGCCUUCUGGAGGAGAAGCUGCAGUACCAAGGACACACACCCUUCAAUGUCACUGAUGCACUCACAGAAACCCAGUCACAUCUGCUGUCCUGGGCCAGUGGCUGUGUUCUCCAGGACCAGGCUGAGAAAUGCGGCAACAAGUACCGCACCAUCACAGGGCGAUGCAACAACAAGAAGAGACCCUGGCUGGGGGCCUCCAACCAGGCCCUGGCCCGCUGGCUGCCAGCUGAGUAUGAGGACCAGCGGUCACUCCCCUUUGGCUGGACUCCCAGCAAGAAGCGCAAUGGCUUCCUCCUCCCUCUUGUCCGGGCUGUCUCCAAUCAGAUCGUGCGCUUCCCCAGCAACAGGCUGGCUUUGGACAGAGGCCGGGCCCUCAUGUUCAUGCAGUGGGGCCAGUUCAUCGACCAUGACCUGGACUUCUCCCCGGAGUCCCCAGCCAGAGUGGCCUUCACAGUGGGUGUGGACUGUGAGAAGACUUGUGCCCAGCUGCCCCCCUGUUUCCCUAUCAAGAUACCUCCCAGUGACCCCCGCAUCAAGAACCAGAGUGACUGCAUCCCCUUCUUCCGCUCGGCGCCCGCCUGCCCCCAAAACAGGAACAGGGUCCGCGACCAGAUCAACGCGCUCACCUCCUUCGUGGACGCCAGCAUGGUGUACGGCAGCGAAGUGUCCCUCGCCCUGCGGCUCCGCAACCGCACCAACCACCUGGGACUGCUGGCCACCAACCAGCGCUUCCACGACCACGGCCGGGCCCUGCUGCCCUUCGACAACCUGAGAGAUGACCCCUGUCUCCUCACCAACCGCUCGGCGCGCAUCCCCUGCUUCCUGGCAGGUGACUCCCGGUCAAGUGAAACCCCCAAACUGGCAGCCAUGCACACCCUAUUUAUGCGAGAACACAACCGGCUGGCCACUGAGCUGAGACGCCUGAAUCCCCGCUGGAGUGGAGACAAGUUGUACCACGAGGCCAGGAAGAUUGUCGGGGCCAUGGUCCAGAUCAUCACCUACCGAGACUUCCUGCCCCUGGUUCUGGGGAAGGCCCGGGCCAGAAGAACCUUGGGACCCUACAGGGGCUACUGCUCCAAGGUGGACCCACGUGUGGCCAAUGUCUUCACCCUGGCCUUCCGCUUUGGUCACACCAUGCUGCAGCCUUUCAUGUUCCGCUUGGACGGCCAGUACCGGGCCUCAGCACCCAACUCCCAAGUUCCACUUAGCUCCGCCUUCUUUGCCAGCUGGCGAAUUGUAUAUGAAGGUGGCAUCGACCCCAUUCUGCGGGGCCUCAUGGCCACCCCAGCCAAGCUGAACCGGCAAGAUUCCAUGCUGGUGGAUGAGCUCCGGGACCGGCUGUUUCGACAAGUGAGGAGGAUCGGGCUUGACCUGGCCGCUCUCAACAUGCAGCGCAGCCGCGACCACGGCCUUCCAGGGUACAAUGCCUGGAGGCGCUUCUGCGGGCUCUCCCAGCCCCGGAACUUGGCUCAGCUCAGCCAGGUGCUAAAGAACCAGGAUCUGGCGAGGAAGUUCCUGAAUCUGUAUGGGACCCCAGAUAACAUUGACAUCUGGGUUGGGGCCAUUGCAGAGCCUCUUCUACCAGGGGCCCGAGUGGGGGCGCUUCUAGCCUGUCUCUUUGAGAACCAGUUCAGAAGAGCCCGAGAUGGAGACAGGUUCUGGUGGCAGAAACGGGGUGUUUUCACCAAGAGACAACGUAGAGCCCUGAGCCGGAUUUCUCUGUCUCGAAUCGUGUGUGACAAUACGGGCAUCACCACUGUUUCCAGGGACAUUUUUAGGGCCAACACCCACCCCCAGGGCUUUGUGAGCUGUGGCUGUGUUCCCAAGUUGGACCUGUCAGCCUGGCGAGGCAGGUGA